AUAUUAUUAAAAUUCUUAUUAUGGCACCACGCACUACAUCUCCUUCCAAUUCAUCCUCACCUGAUUGCCUAAAUUUUAAUCCACAAAUAAACUUCUCAUCAAUGUCCUUUAAACAACGCCUCCAAACUAUAGUAGAGAGCAGGCAAGGGUUGUUAUAUGCAAUGUUAUGGCAAACAACACCCGGUGUCGAGAACAUGAUGACAACACCGGCGGCUAGCAACAUCAGUAGCCGCCGUGUGUUAGCAUGUUCCGACGGUUACUUGAGAAGCUGCUCCAUAAGGAGCAGCCUAGACGAGGAGAUUGUUAUGACGUCAGAUGCAGAAUGGUUUUAUGCAAAUUCAAUAGGAAAACACCUAAUUAUUGAGGACAAUUACAAUCUUGUAAUUGGGGAAGCCAUGACUUCAGGGUCUUAUCUGUGGCUGAUCAAUAACUCGGGUUGUGAGAGGGCGAGGGAGGCUUUGCAGCACUAUGUUCGGACCCUGGUGUUUGUACCUGUUGCUUCAGGUGGAGUCAUUGAAAUCGGAUCCAUGGAUGAGAUCAAAGAAGAUAGGAGCUUAAUUGAGCUCGCCUUCUCAAUUUUUACCAGAUCUCACAGCAAAGCUGUGACGCCACCUGUAAUGCAUGCGCAUCGUACCAAUCAUGUAGAGGCAGAGAGGCAAAGGAGGAACAAGCUCAACCAAUGUUUCUACACGCUACGCUCAGUGGUUCCCUACGUCUCAAAGAUGGAUAAAGCAUCUCUGCUAUCAGAUGCAGUCACUUACAUCAACGAGCUGAAAUCUGCUGUAAGAAAUCUGGAAGAGAAACUUCAAGAACGGCCAUCUGUAAGUACUAUUAAUAGUAGUUUUUCCCCACAUUUACAAGAUCUGCUUCCUCAUCAUCCUACUACUAAGGGAUGGCCAAUAGAGGUUGAAGUUGAAGUGAAAUCGAUAGGAAAGGAAGUGGUAAUUCGAGCUCGAACGAUGGGUUUGGAUCAUCCGGAAGCAAGAGUUAUGAAUGUGUUGAAAGACCUACGUUUGGAAAUUUGUUAUGCAACAAUAUCACAUGUGAAUGAGGUUGUAUUUCAGAAUAUUAUUGCUAAGAUGCCAUUGUAUCCUGAUGAAUUAACUAGUACUCAAGAUAGCUUAACUAAUGCUAUUCGUCAGAGGCUGCAGUAUUCAUAAGUUUUGUAACCAUUUUUAUGACGUAUGCAUGGUUUCUUGAAUCGAUCCUUCAAUCAAUCUAUAUACAGAGUACUGUAUUAUAAUUUUAUGUAAUGAUAUUAUGUUUAUGCAUGUUUUUAUUCUAUUUUAAUUUUUUAUAUGUAGCUAGCCACACCAUGUUACAGGGGUCACUCGUUUGGUCAGAGAUUACUUGUAGAGGGUAAUUAUUCAUGGGUUAUUCGUUUGGUCAAAGAUUAUCUAUGAGUAAGUAACCCCUAAAUACUGAAUAAGUAAUUCAUACAAAUAAAAUAAAAUUGCCUUUUUAAUAAAAUUCAGUGAUAUUUAUCAUCCCUAAAUAUUUAUAUAAAUAGGGCUUACCAAGAUUUACUGUGAAAUCAUUGUAUUUACGUUUUUAUGGUUUUUUAUUUUUUGUUUUUCUUUCCAAUCCUAGCUAGCUUAUGCUCCUGUUUAAUUAUGAAACUAUUAAAAGGAUUGUUUUUUGUUGAUCGUUCAAUUUCUAGCUAGAUGGAUUUAGUAUGAAGAGUAUUCAACAUUUCAACCUAUAAAUAAUUAUUGAGAUAAUAAUAUUUCCAUGAUUAAAGAAAAACUAACCAUCUUCAUAUAUGGAAGAAAACCGACAUAAUUCGUUAUUUUGGAUGAUAAGAGAGAGUGUUAUCUUUGGUGAUUUAAACUAAGAACAAGACGGUUCUCAAAAAAAAAAAAAAGAUGGACAAAGAUGAGAGUAGUUCAUCAUUGAUUUUACCCAUCUUAAUUGUGCUCUAUUAGGUAACUUCCUAGGAAAUGUUAUAGAAAUUACAAUUAUAGGAAAUUUUUUGUGAAUUAGCAAGGUUACAAUUUUUGUUUCCUUUUGUUCUUUCAUUGAAAUUACACCUUCCUCCCUCCGUUUUUAAAUACAUGCUCUAUUUUUCAUUUCCGGCCGUUUUUAAAUACUUGCUCCAUUUCUUUAUUUGAAAAACUUUUACAAUAUUUAAUUAAUUUCUCUCACAUAUUGAACCCAACAAUAUUAAUUCUAUAUUCUCUCUCCUUCUAUUCUCUCCACUACUUUUGAUUUUUACAAUUUUAUUUUUCCA